ACAGCUAACCAGGGUGGACUCAAAGACAUGGCCGAGUUGAAGAAGAGUAUUCAUAGGUUGAAUGAAUCUAUGUUUGGGAUUGUUAAGUCACUACAGACACGUGUGGAACACCUGGAAGGCAAAGCAGGAAACAGCCAGAAUCAGACAGGACAGGUGAAGGGGAUGACUGGGGAGUCUCAGAAUCAGACAGGACAGGUGAAGGGGAUGACUGGGGAGUCUCAGGGUCUGACCGGAUAUAUGAAGAAGAUGGUUGAGGAAUUUCAGAAGAUGACAGGAAAGGUGGAGGAGAUGACAGGACAGAUGAAGGAGCAGACAGGACACAUGGAGGCUAUGAUUAUGGAGUCUCAGAAGCAGACAAAAAAGGUGGAGGAGAUGACAGGACAGAUGAAGGAGAUGACUCAGGAUGCUGUUGAUGAUCUUCUGAUGAAAGCAGGUUGUUGCCCUCUGCCGUGGCAUUACCAUGACAAAAGAUGUUACAUGUUUGUUAACGAAAAGAAGACCUGGAAUGAUGCUCAGAAGUACUGCGUAGCCAAGGGUGGACACUUGGCCUCAGUUCACACCAAAACCACGCAUGACUUCCUCUAUGGAUUGGCUGGUGGACAUUAUGCUUGGGUUGGGGGCUACAAAGAGAAUAAUGACUGGAAAUGGGUUGAUGGUUCCACGUUUAAUGUGAAGAAGUAUGAAGAGGCAGGCAGCAAGGAUGCUAGAUGGGCAGCAGGCGAGCCCAAUAGCUCGAGUAAUCGCAAAUAUUGUGCAGAGAUGUGGAGUGAUGGCGGACUCAAUGAUUUUUUAUGCUAUUACCAGCAACCAUUUAUUUGUCAGAAGUGAUGGGGCGGUCUCUGCUGUGUGAUCCGGCUGCUCCUUCAAAGACGUCGGUGCUGAAAGAUCACCACUCUGCCUUCAAUUCAGUUGCUUUCAUGAAUCCUGAUCAUAAUCGGCGUCCACGUGAUCCCAAACAACCUGCAAGAAACCAAUUUGCAAACUAAAACUCAUCCUAUUUGCAGUUGAGGAGCUAACACAAGCCAUCACACAGAAAAUGAAUCAUUCACAUUUUUAGUCAACAUUUUGCAGCAGCAUCUGUGUUAGCAUUGAAUCACUUAUUGAAAUUGGCUCAUCUUCUACAUUUCCCAGCAGCUAACAUGAUGCACAAAGCAAAUAACUGCUAAAUAAGCUGCUACCUGACAAGACGGGACAAAUAGAAACACACCUAAAACACAACAUCAGUUAUAGUAAAUAGAAACACACCUAAAACACAACAACAUCAGGCAUAAAGGAAAAAAAAAAAGUGUCAUCUGACCAGAAAAAGUAAGUUAAGAGAUGAGAAUGAUUACGGGAAUGAGGACAAAAUUAGGAGAAAAUGUACACGAAGAAAUAGUUGGAAAAUGACAAUAACAAUUGCAUUCUAACAAGAAAAAAGUUUGUUUUGCAACGUUAAAUUAUGUCAUUUUAGUCGUACUGAAAUUGUAUUUUCCUUUGUAAUUUGGGUUUGGAAUAUGGGAGUCAAAUAUUAGAAGAAAUUUGACAGAUUUAACAAGAAAGUUGAAAUAUUUAGAAAACUAAAAAGAGUGAAGUUGAUAUGAAUGAUGGCUUUUCCCCUCUACCACAAAGCUGACAUGCACUUUCUUGGUGAAAGAUAUACAAGUGGGCAUCUCUGGAGUUGGCAUGUUCUCCUUGUGCGUGUGUGGCUUUUCUCCGGGUAGCCCGACUUCCUCCCACAUUCCAAAAACAUGCAUGUUAGCUUGAUCGGAGACUCUAAAUUGUCCACAUGUAUGAAUGUGAGCGUGAAUGCUCGUGUGCCCUGCCAUUGGCUGGCCACCGCCUCUGGCCCAGAGUCAGCUGGGAUAGGCUCCACCCCCCACGACUCUUGUUAACAUUGAAGAUGUUCGAUGCGCCAACACCACAAACCUUCAGCAUAUCCGUGUUGGGGAUCCAAAACAGCACUAAUGUGAUUUUCCCAAAGAAAGAAUGCUGAAAGUGCUGUGGUGGUGCUUUCAUGAUAGUUGAUAUGACGAUCAACAGCAUUUAUCAUCACGGAAUGUCAUCCUUUUCAUUUACUGUAGCUUAUACUCUGCUAUGGAUAUGGGAUGGAUACUUCUUGGCUGGAAUGUGACGUGUCGACUGUAAUCGUGUGAUGUCGGCCGGUCUGAUCCAGUUGUGCACACGCUAGGAUGAACAGUUGGUGUACGGGCUGAUGCCAAUCGUUUUCACGUCUAAACUCUAAAGGGACUGUUUGCAACCGUUAUGCGUCUGCCUAGGGGGCGUGUUGGAACUUUGGAAGGUGCACGCAUGACAUCGUGGGCACGUAAGCCCCGCCCCACGUAACACGCACUAGCUAUGUUAAAUGGCUAAGUUAGCUGCAAAUGUUGGCUAUCAUUGAAUGUAUAGCCUAUAGCAACCACAAUUUGUCAAUUUCGAUGCUAAUUGGGACAAGUCUCGAUGUUUUUGUUAUUGAAAGCACUAUGCUAACACGCUAGCUGCCGCUUGGUUAACCUUGAGUGUUGCAAACGGUCCCUUGAUAGGUUAUGAUACUGUUGACUUGUUUAAGUGGGGGUGUCACCAUGCACGAUCUUGGCUUCACCAGGACCAGACCAUAUUUUAACAUGACUUCGAAAACUACAAAGAAAACUUCCAGGGCUUGUUUUUCAGUCCAGUGAUGCAGGAAAUGGCUGCAAGGUUUCUAGCGAGUGUAAUGUGUUGCCUGGCCCACUGCCACUUUCAUAUUGUCCAUAUUGUGCGUGUGAUCAUUGACAGUAGCGAUGCCAUAGUUGAGUCUGAUGGGCUCCUGGUUGCCCUGUUCCUGCCAGACAUGUGCUGACACCCCUAUGACGUGUUUUCAUCAUGAUACAGCAUUUCACACGUUAUUCCAAUAUGUGCUACUGGAUG